AGGUGAUAGAUGGGAGCGUUCCUCAGUGUUUCUAAAGGUGAUAGCAGCAGAUGGGAGCGUUCCUCAGUGUUUCUAAAGGUGAUAGAUGGGAGCGUUCCUCAGUGUUUCUAAAGGUGAUAGCAGCAGAUGGGAGCGUUCCUCAGUGUUUCUAAAGGUGAUAGAUGGGAGCGUUCCUAAAGGUGAUAGAUGGGAGCGUUCCUCUGUGUUUCUAAAGGUGAUAGAUGGGAGCGUUCCUCAGUGUUUCUAAAGGUGAUAGAUGGGAGCGUUCCUCUGUGUUUCUAAAGGUGAUAGAUGGGAGCGUUCCUCUGUGUUUCUAAAGGUGAUAGAUGGGAGCGUUCCUCAGUGUUUCUAAAGGUGAUAGAUGGGAGCGUUCCUAAAGGUGAUAGAUGGGAGCGUUCCUAAAGGUGAUAGAUGGGGGCGUUCCUCAGUGUUCCUAAAGGUGAUAGAUGGGAGCGUUCCUCCGUGUGUCUAAAGGUGAUAGAUGGGAGCGUUCCUAAAGGUGAUAGAUGGGAGCGUUCCUCAGUGUUUCUAAAGGUGAUAGCAGCAGAUGGGAGCGUUCCUCAGUGUUCCUAAAGGUGAUAGAUGGGAGCGUUCCUCUGUGUUUCUAAAGGUGAUAGAUGGGAGCGUUCCUCAGUGUUCCUAAAGGUGAUAGAUGGGAGCGUUCCUAAAGGUGAUAGAUGGGAGCGUUCCUAAAGGUGAUAGAUGGGAGCGUUCCUAAAGGUGAUAGAUGGGAGCGUUCCUCAGUGUGUCUAAAGGUGAUAGAUGGGAGCGUUCCUCUGUGUUUCUAAAGGUGAUAGAUGGGAGCGUUCCUCUGUGUUUCUAAAGGUGAUAGAUGGGAGCGUUCCUCUGUGUUUCUAAAGGUGAUAGAUGGGAGCGUUCCUCUGUGUUUCUAAAGGUGAUAGAUGGGAGCGUUCCUAAAGGUGAUAGAUGGGAGCGUUCCUCAGUGUUUCUAAAGGUGAUAGAUGGGAGCGUUCCUCUGUGUUUCUAAAGGUGAUAGAUGGGAGCGUUCCUCUGUGUUUCUAAAGGUGAUAGAUGGGAGCGUUCCUCUGUGUUUCUAAAGGUGAUAGAUGGGAGCGUUCCUCCGUGUUUCUAAAGGUGAUAGAUGGGAGUGUUCCUAAAGGUGAUAGAUGGGAGCGUUCCUCUGUGUUUCUAAAGGUGAUAGAUGGGAGUGUUCCUAAAGGUGAUAGAUGGGAGCGUUCCUAAAGGUGAUAGAUGGGAGCGUUCCUAAAGGUGAUAGAUGGGAGCGUUCCUCAGUGUUUCUAAAGGUGAUAGAUGAGAGCGUUCCUCUGUGUUUCUAAAGGUGAUAGAUUGGAGCGUUCCUAAAGGUGAUAGAUUGGAGCGUUCCUAAAGGUGAUAGAUGAGAGCGUUCCUCCGUGUUUCUAAAGGUGAUAGAUGGGAGCGUUCCUAAAGGUGAUAGAUUGGAGCGUUCCUAAAGGUGAUAGAUGAGAGCGUUCCUCCAUGUUCCUAAAGGUGAUAGAUGGGAGCGUUCCUAAAGGUGAUAGAUGGGAGCGUUCCUAAAGGUGAUAGAUGGGAGCGUUCCUCAGUGUUUCUAAAGGUGAUAGAUGAGAGCGUUCCUCUGUGUUUCUAAAGGUGAUAGAUUGGAGCGUUCCUAAAGGUGAUAGAUGAGAGCGUUCCUCCGUGUUUCUAAAGGUGAUAGCAGCAGAUGGUUCAUUCUGUUGUUGUUUUAGGCUCAGAGGAACCCCCUGUCUUCCUGGAGCUGCACUACAACGGUUGCCCUGACAACACACACUCUCCUCUACUGCUGGUGGGCAAGGGCAUCACCUUCGACAGGUACACACACCACAUCACACACCGCCCAUCACUGCUGUCCAACCAGGGUGCUCUGUUCACUGUGUUGGACACCGCCCAUCACUGCUGUCCAACCAGGGUGCUCUGUUCACUGUGUUGUGCUGUCCAACCAGGGUGCUCUGUUCACUGUGUUGGACACCGCCCAUCACUGCUGUCCAACCAGGGUGCUCUGUUCACUGUGUUGGACACCACCCAUCACUGCUGUCCAACCAGGGUGCUCUGUUCACUGUGUUGGACACCGCACAUCACUGCUGUCCAACCAGGGUGCUCUGUUCACUGUGUUGGACACCACCCAUCACUGCUGUCCAACCAGGGUGCUCUGUUCACUGUGUUGGACACCGCCCAUCACUGCUGUCCAACCAGGGUGCUCUGUUCACUGUGUUGGACACCGCCCAUCACUGCUGUCCAACCAGGGUGCUCUGUUCACUGUGUUGGACACCGCCCAUCACUGCUGUCCAACCAGGGUGCUCUGUUCACUGUGUUGGACACCACCCAUCACUGCUGUCCAACCAGGGUGCUCUGUUCACUGUGUUGUUAAAGCAUCAGGUCUUGUCUCUUCGCUGCAUCUCCCCAACGGUCUCGGGAAGUGAAGGUCGAGUCAUGCGUCCUCCGAAACAUGACCCGCCAAACCGCUCUUCUUAAACACCCGCCCGCUUAACCCGGAAGCCAGCCGCACCAAUGUGUCGGAGGAAACACAGUUCAACUGACGACCGAGGUCAGCCUGCAGGCGCCCGGCCCGCCACAAGGAGUCGCUAGAGCGCGAUGAGCCAAGUAAAGCCCCCCCCCCCCCCCUCGGCCAAACCCUCCCCCCCCCUCGGCCAAACCCUCCCCUAACCCGGACGACGCUGGGCCAAUUGUGACUUCCAAUCACGGCCGGUUGUGAUACAGCCCGGGAAUCGAACCCGGGUCUGUAGUGUCGCCUUUAGCACUGCGAUGCAGUGCCUUAGACCGCUGCGCCACUCGGGAGGCCAGCUGGCCUUUUUUCUAAAACAUUACUAGUGUCAUUUUAAUUGAUAUAAAUGUUAACUAUGUUCCUUACCCUCUCUCUCUCUCUAGCGGUGGGAUCAGUCUAAAGCCUCCAUCGGGUAUGGAUGCUAUGAGGGCUGAUAUGGGAGGAGCCGCCACCGUGUGUUCCGCCAUCGUCACGGCAGCAGCCCUCAACCUGCCAAUCAACAUCAUAGGUGAGCUUGCGGCGUGACGCGCUAGCCAAUCGGUGUUUCUUGAGCUGGGCUCUCCGACCCUGUUCCUGAAGAACUACUGUCCUGUAGGUUUUUUCGAUCCGACCCCAAUCUAGUGCAUCUGAUUCUAAUAAUUAGCUGGUUGAGAAGCUGAACCAGGACAGUUACAACUGGAUUUGGAGUUAAAACCUACUGGAGGGUGUCUCUCCAGGAACAGGGUUGGAGUUUAAACCUACAGGACGGUAUCUCUCCAGGAACAGGGUUGGAGUUUAAACCUACAGGAGGGUAUCUCUCCAGGAACAGAGUUGGAUUUUAAACCUACAGGAAGGAAUCUCUCCAGGAACAGGGUUGGAGUUUAAACCUACAGGAGGGUAUCUCUCCAGGAACAGGUUUGGAGGGGCCUAGUGGUAAAAUGGCAGUCCUGCAGAGAUGUGCCCCGCAAUCUUGUAACUCGUUGUAAAAUACAGGAUCGCCAUUUUGCGUGUUGUAUUUCAGCUGAUUUGCGUUGCGUACGUAGUAAGAUAUAAAUUAAUCAAUCUGCGAUUGGUACAACCCUUUAUUGACAUAUUGAGGAUAUUAAAGUAAUUCAUUAUAAUCAUAUAUUAUUAUAGCCAUUUGAUGCUUGAAGAAUAUAACUUAUAAAUGCCUCAUGAACUUAGUUCAACUGUCGUCCCCCAUCAGAACCCAGAAUAUACUCUUGUUUUACUCCAAUGUUGGUAGCCAAUGGGAACACAUCCUAUAUAUCCUCAGAUAAAACUAUCAUUUAGAUAUCAUGGUUGAUAUCCAUCCAUAGCUCUGUCUGAGUGGUUGAUAUCCAUCCAUAGCUCUGAGUGGUUGAUAUCCAUCCAUAGCUCUGUCUGAGUGGUUGAUAUCCAUCCAUAGCUCUGAGUGGUUGAUUAAUCCCCCCAUAGCCUGUCCUGGGGGUUGAUAUCCAUCCAAGCCCCAACCAAAAAAAAAAAAAAAAAACCCCCCCCCAAAAAAAAUGGGUGCUGGGUGGUUGAAUCCAUCCAUAGCUCUGUCUGAGUGGCUGAUAUCCUCCUAUAGCUCUGUCUGGGUGGUUGAUAUCCAAUCCAUAGCUCUGUCUGGAGUGGUUGAAAAUAUCCAUCCAUAGCUCUGUUCUGGGGUGGUUGAGAUACCAUCCAUAGCUCUGUCUGGGUGGUUGAUUCCAUCCAUAGCUCUGUCUGAGUGGUUGAUAUCCAUCCAUAGCUCUGUCUGGGUGGUUGAUAUCCAUCCAUAGCUCUGUCUGGGUGGUUGAUAUCCAUCCAUAGCUCUGUCUGAGUGGUUGAUAUCCAUCCAUAGCUCUGUCUGGGUGGUUGAUAUCCAUCCAUAGCUCUGUCUGGUGGUUGAUAUCCAUCCAUAGCUCUGUCUGGGUGGUUGAUAUCCAUCCAUAGCUCUGUCUGGGUGGUUGAUAUCCAUCCAUAGCUCUGUCUGAGGGGUUGAUAUCCAUCCAUAGCUCUGUCUGGGUGGUUGAUAUCCAUCCAUAGCUCUGUCUGAGUGGGUUGAUAUCCAUCCAUAGCUCUGUCUGGUGGUUGAAUCCAUCCAUAGCUCUGUUGGUGGUUGAUAUCCAUCCAUAGCUCUCUGAGUGGUUGAUAUCCAUCCAUAGCUCUGUCUGGGUGGUUGAUAUCCAUCCAUAGCUCUGUCUGGGUGGUUGAUAUCCAUCCAUAGCUCUGUCGAGUGGUUGAUAUCCAUCCAUAGCUCUGAGUGGUUGAUAUCCAUCCAUAGCUCUGUCUGAGUGGUUGAUAUCCAUCCAUAGCUCUCUGAGUGGUUGAUAUCCAUCCAUAGCUCUGUCUGGGUGGUUGAUAUCCAUCCAUAGCUCUGUCUGGGUGGUUGAUAUCCAUCCAUAGCUCUGUCUGAGUGGUGAUAUCCAUCCAUAGCUCUGUCUGGGUGGUUGAUAUCCAUCCAUAGCUCUGUCUGGGUGGUUGAUAUCCAUCCAUAGCUCUGUCUGAGUGGUUUCAUUUCUCCAGCUUUAUAGUUUGACCUGCAGAUUGCCCCUAGAAGUUUAUUGUUUGACCUGCAGAUUGCCCCUAGAAGUUUAUAGUUUGACCUGCAGAUUGCCCCUAGAAGUUUAUAGUUUGACCUGCAGAUUGCCCCUAGAAGUUUAUAGUUUGACCUGCAGAUUGCCUCCUAGAAGUUUAUAGUUUGACCUGCAGAUUGCCCCUAGAAGUUUAUAGUUUGACCUGCAGAUUGCCUCCUAGAAGUUUAUAGUUUGACCUGCAGAUUGCCCCUAGAAGUUUAUAGUUUGACCUGCAGAUUGCCUCCUAGAAGUUUAUAGUUUGACCUGCAGAUUGCCCCUAGAAGUUUAUAGUUUGACCUGCAGAUUGCCUCCUAGAAGUUUAUAGUUUGACCUGCAGAUUGCCCCUAGAAGUUUAUAGUUUGACCUGCAGAUUGCCCCUAGAAGUUUAUAGUUUGACCUGCAGAUUGCCCCUAGAAGUUUAUAGUUUGACCUGCAGAUUGCCUCCUAGAAGUUUAUACACAGGAACGUUGUAGUGUGUUAUUAACCCUCAGGUCUAACACCUCUCUGUGAGAACAUGCCCAGCGGGAAAGCCAACAAGCCUGGAGACGUCGUCACCGCCAAGAACGGCAAAACCAUACAGGUAAUUGUUACCGUGGCUACUAAACCAUACAGGUAAUUGUUACCGUGGCUACUAAACCAUACAGGUAAUUGUUACCGUGGCUACUAAACUAUACAGGUAAUUGUUACCGUGGCUACUAAACCAUACAGGUGAUUGUUACCGUGGCUACUAAACCAUACAGGUAAUUGUUACCGUGGCUACUAAACCAUACAGGUAAUUGUUACCGUGGCUACUAAACCAUACAGGUAAUUGUUACCGUGGCUACUAAACCAUACAGGGGUGUGUUUGUUUACAUUCCCGUCAAAUGAAGUAUUAAUGUGUGUGUGUGUGUGUGUGUGUGUGUUUGUGUGGUGUGUGUGUGUGUGUGUGUGUGUGUGUGUGUGUGUGUGUGUGUGUAGGUGGACAACACGGAUGCAGAGGGAAGGUUGAUCCUUGCAGAUGCUCUCUGUUACGCUCACAGCUUCAACCCCAGGGCCAUCGUCAACGCUGCUACCCUCACUGGUUAGGACAGUGUUUGUGUUUGUGAGAGCGCCACCGCUGUUCACUAAAUGGCUAGUCUAUUGGUUACUCAUGUUUUCUCUGUCUGUCUCUCUGUCUGUCUGGCUCUCUGUCUGUCUGUCUGACUCUCUGUCUGACUCUCUGUCUGUCUGUCUGACUCUCUGUCUGACUCUCUGUCUGUCUGUCUGACUCUCUGGCUGUCUGUCUGACUCUCUGUCUGUCUGACUCUCUGGCUGUCUGUCUGUCUGACUCUCUGUCUGACUCUCUGUCUGUCUGUCUGACUCUCUGUCUGUCUGUCUGACUCUCUGUCUGACUCUCUGUCUGUCUGUCUGACUCUCUGUCUGUCUGUCUGACUCUCUGUCUGUCUGACUCUCUGUCUGUCUGACUCUCUGGCUGUCUGUCUGUCUGGCUCUCUGUCUGUCUGUCUGUCUCUCUGGCUGUCUGUCUGUCUGGCUCUCUGUCUGUCUGUCUGACUCUCUGACUCUCUGUCUGUCUGACUCUCUGUCUGUCUGUCUGACUGUCUGUCUGGCUCUCUGUUUGUCUGGCUCUCUGUCUGUCUGUCUGACUGUCUGUCUGGCUCUCUGUUUGUCUGGCUCUCAGGAGCGAUGGAUGUUGCUCUGGGUUCAGCAGCAACAGGAGUCUUCACCAACUCUGACUGGCUCUGGGAACAGCUUCACAAGGUAACACACACACACAGAGUACUGAAACAUCAGUACUUUAGAGAAAAACGGCCCUGUAUUAGAAUUGGGUACUUUGGGUUCUUCUAUCAAAUGUCUCACGUUUGGAAAUCAACUAAAUGUAUUGAACUUGUUCGAUUUUUUAUUUUUUUUAAUUGCCCAAUAUUAUCAUAAGACAAGAACAGAAAAUAUCUGUGAUUUCCUGCAACUUUCUGUAGAGGCAACAGCCUGUCUGUCUGUCUGUCUGGUGUGUUGUGAAUACUGUCUGUAGAGGCAACAGCCUGCCUGUCUGUCUGGUGUGUUGUGAAUACUUUCUGUAGAGGCAACAGCCUGUCUGUCUGUCUGGUGUGUUGUGAAUACUUUCUGUAGAGGCAACAGCCUGUCUGUCUGUCUGGUGUGUUGUGAAUACUUUCUGUAGAGGCAACAGCCUGCCUGUCUGUCUGGUGUGUUGUGAAUACUUUCUGUAGAGGCAACAGCCUGUCUGUCUGUCUGAUGUGUUGUGAAUACUUUCUGUAGAGGCAACAGUCUGUCUGUCUGUCUGGUGUGUUGUGAAUACUUUCUGUAGAGGCAACAGCCUGUCUGUCUGGUGUGUUGUGAAUACUUUCUGUAGAGGCAACAGCCUGCCUGUCUGUCUGGUGUGUUGUGAAUACUUUCUGUAGAGGCAACAGCCUGUCUGUCUGUCUGGUGUGUUGUGAAUACUUUCUGUAGAGGCAACAGCCUGUCUGUCUGUCUGGUGUGUUGUGAAUACUGUCUGUAGAGGCAACAGCCUGCCUGUCUGUCUGGUGUGUUGUGAAUACUUUCUGUAGAGGCAACAGCCUGCCUGUCUGUCUGGUGUGUUGUGAAUACUUUCUGUAGAGGCAACAGCCUGCCUGUCUGUCUGGUGUGUUGUGAAUACUUUCUGUAGAGGCAACAGCCUGCCUGUCUGUCUGGUGUGUUGUGAAUACUUUCUGUAGAGGCAACAGCCUGUCUGUCUGGUGUGUUGUGAAUACUUUCUGUAGAGGCAACAGCCUGUCUGUCUGUCUGGUGUGUUGUGAAUACUGUCUGUAGAGGCAACAGCCUGUCUGUCUGUCUGGUGUGUUGUGAAUACUUUCUGUAGAGGCAACAGCCUGCCUGUCUGUCUGGUGUGUUGUGAAUACUUUCUGUAGAGGCAACAGCCUGUCUGUCUGUCUGGUGUGUUGUGAAUACUUUCUGUAGAGGCAACAGUCUGUCUGUCUGUCUGGUGUGUUGUGAAUACUUUCUGUAGAGGCAACAGCCUGUCUGUCUGGUGUGUUGUGAAUACUUUCUGUAGAGGCAACAGCCUGCCUGUCUGUCUGGUGUGUUGUGAAUACUUUCUGUAGAGGCAACAGCCUGUCUGUCUGUCUGGUGUGUUGUGAAUACUUUCUGUAGAGGCAACAGCCUGCCUGUCUGUCUGGUGUGUUGUGAAUACUUUCUGUAGAGGCAACAGCCUGCCUGUCUGUCUGGUGUGUUGUGAAUACUUUCUGUAGAGGCAACAGCCUGUUUGCCUGUCUGGUGUGUUGUGAAUACUUUCUGUAGAGGCAACAGCCUGUUUGCCUGUCUGGUGUGUUGUGAAUACUUUCUGUAGAGGCAACAGCCUGUCUGUCUGGUGUGUUGUGAAUACUUUCUGUAGAGGCAACAGCCUGUCUGUCUGUCUGGUGUGUUGUGAAUACUGUCUGUAGAGGCAACAGCCUGUCUGUCUGUCUGGUGUGUUGUGAAUACUUUCUGUAGAGGCAACAGCCUGCCUGUCUGUCUGGUGUGUUGUGAAUACUUUCUGUAGAGGCAACAGCCUGCCUGUCUGUCUGGUGUGUUGUGAAUACUUUCUGUAGAGGCAACAGCCUGUCUGUCUGUCUGGUGUGUUGUGAAUACUUUCUGUAGAGGCAACAGCCUGUCUGUCUGGUGUGUUGUGAAUACUUUCUGUAGAGGCAACAGCCUGCCUGUCUGUCUGGUGUGUUGUGAAUACUUUCUGUAGAGGCAACAGCCUGCCUGUCUGUCUGGUGUGUUGUGAAUACUUUCUGUAGAGGCAACAGCCUGCCUGUCUGUCUGGUGUGUUGUGAAUACUUUCUGUAGAGGCAACAGCCUGCCUGUCUGUCUGGUGUGUUGUGAAUACUUUCUGUAGAGGCAACAGCCUGCCUGUCUGUCUGGUGUGUUGUGAAUACUUUCUGUAGAGGCAACAGCCUGUCUGUCUGUCUGGUGUGUUGUGAAUACUUUCUGUAGAGGCAACAGCCUGCCUGUCUGUCUGGUGUGUUGUGAAUACUUUCUGUAGAGGCAACAGCCUGCCUGUCUGUCUGGUGUGUUGUGAAUACUUUCUGUAGAGGCAACAGCCUGCCUGUCUGUCUGGUGUGUUGUGAAUACUUUCUGUAGAGGCAACAGCCUGUUUGCCUGUCUGGUGUGUUGUGAAUACUUUCUGUAGAGGCAACAGCCUGUUUGCCUGUCUGGUGUGUUGUGAAUACUUUCUGUAGAGGCAACAGCCUGUCUGUCUGUCUGGUGUGUUGUGAAUACUUUCUGUAGAGGCAACAGCCUGUCUGUCUGUCUGGUGUGGUGUGAAUACUGUCUGUAGAGGCAACAGCCUGCCUGUCUGUCUGGUGUGGUGUGAAUACUGUCUGUAGAGGCAACAGCCUGUCUGUCUGUCUGGUGUGUUGUGAAUACUUUCUGUAGUUGCAACAGCCUGUCUGUCUGGUGUGGUGUGUGUACAGUGUCUUCAAAAAGUAUUCACACCCCUUGAAUUAUUCCACAUUUAGUUGUGUUACAGCCUGAAUUCAAAAUGGAGAAAAUCGAUUUUUUUCUCCUGAAAAACUCUCCAGUCCUUAAUGAUGACAAGCAUACCCAUAACAUGAUGCAGCCACCACUAUGCUUGAAAAUAUGGAGAGUAGUACUCAGUAAUGUGUUGUAUUGGAUUUUCCCCAAACAUAAACACUUUGUAUUCAGGACAAAAAGUGAAUUGCUUUGCCACAUUUUCUGCAGUAUUACUUUAGUACCUUGUUGCAAACAGGAUGCAAGUUUUGGAAUAUUUUAUUCUGUACAGGCUUCCUUCUUUUCACUCUGUCAUUUAGGUUAGUAUUGUGGAGUCACUACAAUGUUGUUGAUCCAUCCUCAGUUUUCUCCUAUCACAGCCAUUAAACUCCGUAACCGUUUUAACGUCACCAUUGGCCUCAUGGUGAAAUCCCUGAGCAGUUUCCUUCCUCUCCGGCAACUGAGUUAGGAAGGACACCUGAAUCUUUGCAGUGACUGGGUGUAUUGAUACACCAUCCAAAGUGUAAUUAAUAACUUCACCAUGCUCAAAGCAAUAUUCAAUGUCAGCUUUUUUAUUUUUACCCAUCUACCAAUAGGUGCCCUUCUCUGCGAGGCAUUGGAAAACCUCCCUGGUCUUUGUGGUUGAAUCUGUGUUUGAAAUUCACUGCUCGACUGAGGGACCUUACAGAUAAUUGUAUGUGUGGGGUACAAAGAUGAGGUAGUCAUCCAUAAAUCAUGUUAAAUACUAUUAUUACACACAGUGUCCAUGCACAUUUUUACUCCUGAACUUUAGGCUUGCCAUAACAAAGGGGUUGAAUACUUAUUGACUCAAGACAUUUUCAUUUUUCAUUUGUUAUUUAUUUCUUAAAAUUUUGAAAAACAUAAUUCUACUUUUAAAUUAUUGUGUGUAGGCCAGUGACAAAAUAUCUAAAUGUAUUCCAUUUUAAAUUCAGGCUGUAACUCAACAAAAUGUGGAAAAGUCAAGGGGUGUGAAAACUUUCUGAAGGCGCUGCAUGUCUACACUCUGUAACCGUUAGCGAUGCUAAUGAUACGGAUGCUAAUGAUAACAUUCUUCAGGUAGAUGGAAAGGCUUUCCCAAAAACCAUCUCAAUUAAGAGUUAACUACAAAGUAGCCAAUGCAUUUUUGCAUCAAACCAGUGGGCACAUGUUUUUGCUAACUUCGUUACAUGUGCGCUACAGAAACGUCCUUAGAUAUUUUUUUCCCGACCUCAAAUGGUCUCCUGAUGUGGAGUUAGAACAUCGAAUGUCAUUGUUUUUCUAUUAAAAAGUGUGAUUUUUGAGAGUGGAAACCUGGAAGAAUCUGUCCUUGUCCCUGUAUCGUUUUGGUAUUGAGUAUCGAAGGCAAAAUUCUGGCGUCGUGACAACACUAACACACUGCGGUGCGUCGUGACCGCACUAACACACUGUGGUGCGUCGUGACAACACUAACACCCUGUGGUGCGUCGUGACAACACUAACACCCUGUGGUGCGUCGUGACAACACUAACACCCUGUGGUGCGUCGUGACAACACUAACACACUAUGGUGCGUCGUGACAGCACUAACACACUGUGGUGCGUCGUGACAACACUAACACCCUGUGGUGCGUCGUGACAACACUAACACCCUGUGGUGCGUCGUGACAACACUAACACACUGUGGUGCGUCGUGACAACACUAACGCUCUGUGGUGCGUCGUGACAGCACUAACACCCUGCGGUGCGUCGUGACAACACUAACACACACUGUGGUGCGUCUGUGUGUUUAGGCCAGCGUGGUAACACCCUGUGGUGCGUCGUGACAACACUAACACACUGUGGUGCGUCGUGACAACACUAACACACUGUGGUGCGUCGUGACAACACUAACACACUGUGGUGCGUCGUGACAACACUAACACACUGUGGUGCGUCGUGACAACACUAACACACUGUGGUGCGUCGUGACAACACUAACACACUGCGGUGCGUCGUGACAACACUAACACACUGUGGUGCGUCGCGACAACACUAACACACUGCGGUGCGUCGCGACAGCACUAACACACUGCGGUGCGUCGCGACAACACUAACACACUGUGGUGCGUCGCGACAACACUAACACACUGCGGUGCGUCGUGACAACACUAACACACUGUGGUGCGUCGUGACAACACUAACACACUGUGGUGCGUCGUGACAACACUAACACACUGUGUUGCGUCGUGACAACACUAACACACUGCGUUGCGUCGUGACAACACUAACACACUGUGGUGCGUCGCGACAACACUAACACACUGCGGUGCGUCGCGACAGCACUAACACACUGCGGUGCGUCGUGACAACACUAACACACUGUGGUGCGUCGCGACAACACUAACACACUGUGGUGCGUCGCGACAACACUAACACACUGUGGUGCGUCGUGACAACACUAACACACACUGUGGUGCGUCGUGACAACACUAACACACUGCGGUGCGUCGUGACAACACUAACACACUGCGGUGCGUCGUGACAACACUAACACACUGCGGUGCGUCGUGACAGCACUAACACACUGCGGUGCGUCGUGACAACACUAACACCCUGCGGUGCGUCGUGACAGCACUAACACCCUGCGGUGCGUCGUGACAGCACUAACACCCUGCGGUGCGUCGUGACAACACUAACACCCUGUGGUGCGUCGUGACAGCACUAACACACUGUGGUGCGUCGUGACAACACUAACGCACUGUGGUGCGUCGUGACAACACUAAUGCACUGUGGUGCGUCGUGACAACACUAACACACUGACAACACUAACACACUGUGGUGCGUCGUGACAACACUAACACACUGUGGUGCGUCGUGACAGCACUAACACACUGUGGUGCGUCGUGACAACACUAACACCCUGUGGUGCGUCGUGACAGCACUAACACACUGUGGUGCGUCGUGACAACACUAACACACUGUGGUGCGUCGUGACAACACUAACGCACUGUGGUGCGUCGUGACAACACUAACGCACUGUGGUGCGUCGUGACAACACUAACGCACUGUGGUGCGUCGUGACAACACUAACGCACUGUGGUGCGUCGUGACAACACUAACGCACUGUGGUGCGUCGUGACAACACUAACGCACUGUGGUGCGUCGUGACAACACUAACGCACUGUGGUGCGUCGUGACAACACUAACACACUGUGGUGCGUCGUGACAACACUAACACCCUGUGGUGCGUCGUGACAACACUAACACCCUGUGGUGCGUCUGUGUGUUUAGGCCAGUGUGGUAACACCCUGUGGUGCGUCUAUGUGUUUAGGCCAGCGUGGUAACAGGAGACCGGGUGUGGAGGAUGCCGUUGUUUGAACAUUACACCAGACAGGUCACUGACUGCCAGCUGGCUGACCUCAACAACGUCGGCAAGUACAGCCGGUAAGAACACGAGAACACACACACACACACACACACACAGACACACACACACAGACACACACACACACACACACACACACACACACAGAGGUAAGAAACAACCCUAAACAACUUCUGUGUUAAUGCCAUCUUCUGACCUGUGUCUGACCUGUGUGUGUGUGUGUGUGUAGUUCUGGCGGAGCCUGCACGGCCGCAGCAUUUCUGAGGGAGUUUGUGACGGCCCCUCAUUGGGCGCACCUGGACAUCGCCGGGGUGAUGACCAAUAAGGACGAGGUACGGUAGUCUUCUGGAACGUUGAUCUUUGAACUGUUUGAUAAUGUAUUUUACCAGGUUGGUCUCAUUGAGAUUAAACAUCUUUUGCAAAAGAGACCAGGCCAAAAUAGCAGCACACAAAGUUUAAAACAUGUACAACAUAAAACACUGUGGUCCUGUGUAGCUCAGCUGGUAGAGCACGGCGCUUGUAACGCCAGGGUAGUGGGUUCGAUCCCCGGGACCACCCAUACGUAAAAAUGUAUGCACACAUGACUGUAAGUCACUUUGGAUAAAAGCGUCUGCUAAAUGGCGUAUUAUUAUUAUUAUUAUUAUUAUUACAGUUUAAAGUUUGACUAUUGGGGAAAAUGCUAAAAUAAAGGCUUUUAACUGUAGAACUGAUCAAUGCACCAUCGCACCAGGUCAGUGAAUCCUUCAAAACUAAAACAAACGGAUGAAGAAGAUAUUUGGCUACAGAAAUGACGUUUCUUACUGAUCUCUACAGCUUCCUGUGAAGUGACGUUUCUUACUGAUCUCUACAGCUUCCUGUGAAGUGCCGUUUCUUACUGAUCUCUACAGCUUCCUGUGAAGUGCCGUUUCUUACUGAUCUCUACAGCUUCCUGUGAAGUGACGUUUCUUACUGAUCUCUACAGCUUCCUGUGAAGUGCCGUUUCUUACUGAUCUCUACAGCUUCCUGUGAAAUGACGUUUCUUACUGAUCUCUACAGCUUCCUGUGAAAUGACGUUUCUUACUGAUCUCUACAGCUUCCUGUGAAGUGACGUUUCUUACUGAUCUCUACAGCUUCCUGUGAAGUGCCGUUUCUUACUGAUCUCUACAGCUUCCUGUGAAGUGACGUUUCUUACUGAUCUCUACAGCUUCCUGUGAAAUGCCGUUUCUUACUGAUCUCUACAGCUUCCUGUGAAGUGCGUUUCUUACUGAUCUCUACAGCUUCCUGUGAAGUGCCGUUUCUUACUGAUCUCUACAGCUUCCUGUGAAGUGCCGUUUCUUACUGAUCUCUACAGCUUCCUGUGAAGUGCCGUUUCUUACUGAUCUCUACAGCUUCCUGUGAAGUGCCGUUUCUUACUGAUCUCUACAGCUUCCUGUGAAGUGCCGUUUCUUACUGAUCUCUACAGCUUCCUGUGAAGUGCCGUUUCUUACUGAUCUCUACAGCUUCCUGUGAAGUGACGUUUCUUACUGAUCUCUACAGCUUCCUGUGAAGUGCGUUUCUUACUGAUCUCUACAGCUUCCUGUGAAGUGCCGUUUCUUACUGAUCUCUACAGCUUCCUGUGAAGUGCCGUUUCUUACUGAUCUCUACAGCUUCCUGUGAAGUGCCGUUUCUUACUGAUCUCUACAGCUUCCUGUGAAGUGCCGUUUCUUACUGAUCUCUACAGCUUCCUGUGAAGUGCGUUUCUUACUGAUCUCUACAGCUUCCUGUGAAGUGCCGUUUCUUACUGACUCUACAGCUUCCUGUGAAGUGCCGUUCUAUGAUCUCUAAGCUUCCUGUGAAGUGCCGUUUCUUACUGAUCUCUACAGCUUCCUGUGAAGUGCCGUUUCUUACUGAUCUCUACAGCUUCCUGUGAAGUGCCGUUUCUUACUGAUCUCUACAGCUUCCUGUGAAGUGCCGUUUCUUACUGAUCUCUACAGCUUCCUGUGAAGUGCCGUUUCUUACUGAUCUCUACAGCUUCCUGUGAAGUGCCGUUUCUUACUGAUCUCUACAGCUUCCUGUGAAGUGACGUUUCUUACUGAUCUCUACAGCUUCCUGUGAAGUGACGUUUCUUACUGAUCUCUACAGCUUCCUGUGAAGUGACGUUUCUUACUGAUCUCUACAGCUUCCUGUGAAGUGCCGUUUCUUACUGAUCUCUACAGCUUCCUGUGAAGUGACGUUUCUUACUGAUCUCUACAGCUUCCUGUGAAGUGACGUUUCUUACUGAUCUCUACAGCUUCCUGUGAAGUGACGUUUCUUACUGAUCUCUACAGCUUCCUGUGAAAUGACGUUUCUUAUGAUCUAAUGAUCUGUAAGUCGCUCUGGUAAGAGCGUGCUAAUGACCUAUUUUAUUAUUUAAUAUCUCUACAGCUUCCUGUGAAAUGACGUUUCUUACUGAUCUCUACAGCUUCCUGUGAAGUGACGUUUCUUACUGAUCUCUACAGCUUCCUGUGAAGUGACGUUUCUUACUGAUCUCUACAGCUUCCUGUGAAGUGACGUUUCUUACUGAUCUCUACAGCUUCCUGUGAAGUGACGUUCUUACGACUUACCUUCUGAAUGACUUCUUUGAUCUCUAAGCUUCCUGUGAAGUGACGUUUCUUACUGAUCUCUACAGCUUCCUGUGAAGUGACGUUUCUUACUGAUCUCUACAGCUUCCUGUGAAGUGACGUUUCUUACUGAUCUCUACAGCUUCCUGUGAAGUGACGUUUCUUACUGAUCUCUACAGCUUCCUGUGAAGUGACGUUUCUUACUGAUCUCUACAGCUUCCUGUGAAGUGCCGUUCUACUGAUCCUACAGUUCUGUGAAGUGCCGUUUCUUACUGACUCUACAGCUUCGCUAAGCCUUCACUGACCUAAGCUUCUUGAUGCGUUCUUACGAUCUCUACAGCUUCCUGGAAGUGACGUUCUUACUGAUCCUACAGCUUCCUGAAGUGCGUUCUUAUGAUCUACAGCUUCCUGUGAAGUGACGUUCUUACGAUCUCUACAGCUUCCUGUGAGUGCGUUUCUUUCUGUCUCUACAGCUUCCUGUGAAGUACGUUCUACUGAUCUAAGCUCCGGACUUUCUACGAUCUCACAUUCCCGUGAAGUGACGUUUACUGAUCCUACAGCUCCUGUGAAUGACGUUUCUUUCUGAUCUCUACAGCUCCUGUGAAGUGACGUUCUUACUGAUCUCUACAGCUUCCUGUGAGUGACGUUCUUAUGAUCUUACAGCUCCGUGAAAUGACGUUUCUACUGAUCUCUACAGCUUCCUGUGAAUGAGUUCUUACUGGACUCUACAGCUUCUGUAAAUGACGUUUCUUACGAUCUCUCAGUUCCUGUGAAUGACGUUUCUUACUGAUCUCUACAGCUUCCUAGUAAUGACGUCUACGAUUCUACAGCUUCCUGUGAAAUGACGUUUCUUACUGACUCACAGCUUCCUGUGAAAUGACGUUUCUUACUGAUCCUACAGCUUCCUGGAAAUGACGUUCUACUGAUCUCUACAGCUUCUGUAAGACGUUUCUACUGAUCUCACACUCCUGUGAAUGACGUUUUACUGACUCUACAGCUUCACUGGAUGACGUUCUAUGAUCUUACAGCUACCUGGAAAUGAGUUCUUACUGACUCCCGCUUCCUGUGAGAUUUCUUAUGAUCACAGCUUCCUGUGAAAUGACGUCAGCAAAUACUGGAGGAGUUACUGGCCAGCUACAGUGGCUAGCUUAGCUAACGAACUAGCUACGACACAUCAACACAUACUGGAGGAGUUACUGGCCAGCUACAGUGGCUAGCUAAGCUAACGAACUAGCUACGACACAUCAACACAUACUGGAGGAGUUACUGGCCAGCUACAGUGGCUAGCUUAGCUAACGAACUAGCUACGACACAUCAACACAUACUGGAGGAGUUACUGGCCAGCUACAGUGGCUAGCUUAGCUAACGAACUAGCUACGACACAUCAACACAUACUGGAGGAGUUACUGGCCAGCUACAGUGGCUAGCUUAGCUAACGAACUAGCUACGACACAUCAACUCAUACUGGAGGAGUUACUGGCCAGCUACAGUGGCUAGCUAAGCUAACGAACUAGCUACGACACAUCAACACAUACUGGAUGAGUUACUGGCCAGCUACAGUGGCUAGCUUAUCUAACGAACUAGCUACGACACAUCAACACAUACUGGAGGAGUUACUGGCUAGCUACAGUGGCUAGCUUAGCUAACGAACUAGCUACGACACAUCAACUCAUACUGGAGGAGUUACUGGCUAGCUACAGUGGCUAGCUUAGCUAACGAACUAGCUACGACACAUCAACACAUACUGGAGGAGUUACUGGCCAGCUACAGUGGCUAGCUUAUCUAACGAACUAGCUACGACACAUCAACACAUACUGGAGGAGUUACUGGCCAGCUACAGUGGCUAGCUUAGCUAACGAACUAGCUAUGUCGGUCGCGGCGCGCAUGAUCAGAAUGACACAUCGAUGAACCACCAAAGGCACACCCCAUUUCUGUUUGAAAAUUGAGAAAGAGGCGGAAUUGGACCGUUUUUUUGUGCCCAAAGUCGACCUUUAAAAACAUCAGUUGAACAGCUACAACUGCUUCUGAUAGUGUUCUAGAACCAUGAUCACAACUGCUUCUGAUAGUGUUCUAGAACCAUGAUCACUUCUGUUAGUGUUCUAGAACCAGGAUGAUCAGAACCACGUUAGACUUUUAGAACCAUGAUGAUCAGAACUGUUUCGGAACAGACUGAAUGUUCUGUAAGGGUGACGGGUUGGAUUGCUGAGAGACACUGGCUGUUUUCCUGCUAGACAUUAACAAUACACUUUGUUUCUCUUUUUAGAUUCUCUCUCUUGCUCCUUUCUCGCUCACUGUUUGUGUCUUGUCUGUUUGUCUCUCUCCAGGUUCCCUACCUGAAGAAAGGAAUGUCUGGACGACCGACACGAACACUGGUGGAGUUCGCUGCUGGACUGGCCAACCAAGCCUGAAGAGAGAGACCACACCCACACACUGAGCUGGCUGGAGAAGGAUUAUUCUGUAGAGACAGAGACUGUGGUACCGUGUAGAAUCACAGACUACAUCCCAAAUAGCACCCUAUUCCCUA